GGUGCGCGCUGUGCCAGGCUGGGCGCCUGGCUCCCCGGGGCUCCCCACGAUGCUGUUCUGGCACACGCAGCCCGAGCACUACAACCAGCACUCCACCGGCAGCUACCUGCGUGAUGUCCUUGCACUGCCGAUCUUCAAACAGGAGGAGCCCCAGCUGUCUCCUGAGAAUGACACCAAACUGCCUCCGUUUCAGUAUGUUCUCUGCACAGCCACAUCCCCUGCUGUAAAGCUGCAUGAAGAAACCCUUACCUAUCUCAACCAAGGUCAGUCUUAUGAAAUCCGUCUACUUGAGAAUAGGAAAUUGGGAGAGUUUCAAGAUUUAAACACAAAAUAUGUAAAGAGCAUCCUGCGGGUGGUUUUCCAUGAUCGGCGUCUGCAAUAUACAGAACACCAGCAGCUGGAGGGUUGGAGAUGGAGCCGGCCUGGGGACCGCAUCCUUGAUAUAGAUAUCCCACUGUCAGUCGGUAUCUUGGAUCCCAGGGCCAGCCCGACCCAGCUAAACACUGUUGAAUUUCUGUGGGAUCCAUCCAAAAGAGCAUCUGCAUUCAUUCAGGUACAUUGUAUCAGCACAGAAUUUACACCAAGGAAACAUGGUGGAGAGAAAGGAGUGCCCUUCAGGAUACAAAUCGACACAUUUAAACAGAAUGAGAAUGGCGAAUAUACUGAACACUUGCAUUCUGCAAGCUGCCAGAUCAAAGUGUUCAAGCCUAAGGGAGCUGACAGAAAGCAGAAAACAGACAGAGAGAAAAUGGAGAAGAAGACUGCCCAAGAGAAGGAGAAAUACCAGCCCUCCUAUGAUACGACCAUUCUCACAGAGUGUUCUCCAUGGCCAGAUUUGCCUUAUCAAGUGAACAACGCUCCGUCUCCAAGCUACAACAGUUCUCCAAACAGCUUCAGCCUUGGAGAUGGCAACAGUUCUCCAACCCACCAAGUGGAGCUCCUGCCUCCCAGCAACGAUCACCUCCUUCCCUCUGCUUCCAUUCAAGAUGUCCAGCAGUGGCUUCAUCGUAAUAGGUUUUCUCCAUUCUGUAGACUCUUCUCAAGUUUCUCGGGUGCUGACUUACUGAAGAUGUCCAAAGAAGAUUUUGUUCAGAUCUGUGGGCCUGCUGAUGGAAUUCGGCUCUUUAAUGCAAUCAAAGGAAGAAACGUAAGGCCUAAAAUGACAAUUUAUGUCUGUCAAGAACCAGAGCAGAACAGGUCUCAUCUGCACCAAAAACGAGAAAAUGGAGAUGGUAGUCUGUGUGUAUAUCAUGCAGUCUUCUUGGAAGAGCUGACAACCCUGGAAUUAAUUGAGAAGAUUGCAAACUUGUAUAGCAUUUCCCCACAGCAGAUAAAUCGGAUCUAUCGGCAAGGACCUACAGGGAUCCAUGUAUUAGUGAGCAAUGAGAUGGUGCAAAACUUCCAGGAUGAGUCUUGUUUUGUUAUCGGCACAUUAAAAGCUGAAAGCAAUGAUGGCUACCACAUCAUUUUAAAAUGACCACUCGGCCUAGCAGGACUGUAACAGCCUAAAACUACAAUGCCUCACCCAAGAUUGCUGCAACCCAGACUGGAAACAUGAAGAUCCAUUUGGAUAAAGCGCUCCCAUGAACUGCAAAAUACCAGAGGUCUUAAGGAAAAAGAAACUUUGUAGACAAGUGGUUUUCUGAGAACGGAGAUGAGAAUAUCUUCAGAGUCUGUAUUUUUCUACCCCAUCUCUCCUAUUUAGGCUUUUAAGUUGUUGAGGGUCCUGCUUAUUGCUCAGAUACAUCUGCCUUUUUCUAAAGGGAAAUGCAAAAUGAAAAGCAAUUCUCAUGGCUGGAACUGGUUUAUCUACAGUGCCUUCUGAGUACUCUUGCAUUCAGCACCAGUCUCAUCUCAGAUACAAGCUCUUAUCCUCUUUCUAGGCAGAGGACUAUGGGUUGGGAUCCACAAACGGGUGUAGGUGUAACAACAUUGAGGGUCAUAGUGCCUAGAAAAUCCCUGAAACAACACCGCAAGCCACAAAGCCAAUUUAGACACUUUGACUCCCCGUACAAUGAAUGGGGAGAGAUAGGCACCUUUGACUGCGAUCCACAAAGUCAACAUGCUGCAUGGAGGCACCUGUCUUGGCUAGUGAUCCACAAACUGGAGGAACACAGGUGCUGGGCUGCUCGUGUGGGACCCAAAACAUAACAGCUGGGGGUGGGGUUAGAGGAAGGGGAGGAAGACCUCCCUUAUCGUUAGCCUGGUGGAUAGGGUACUCUCACAGGAUGUGGGAGAUCCCCAGUGCAAGUGCGCCCCUGCCCCCACCUCCGCAUCCUGAGGAGUAGAAAUGUGGAAGAUCCCUGUUCGAGAUUCUCUCAGGUGAGGUCCCUAUCCACCAGGCUAUGGAAAAUUCUGAGGUGGUGUUCCCUCAGUUUCUCCUGUUGAAGUUGUUCCAUUGCUUAAUUAAAGUGGAAUCUUUAGAUGCCUAAGUCUGUUUUCUGGGCCAAUUAAUAUUUAAGUAUCUGCAUGCAUCCCAUCCUGUGUUCCUAUAACCAGUCAGUUAUGGCUGUUUGUGAUUCACACUGCAUUGUUCCAUCUUUCCUCUUAACCAACCAACCAACCCUUUCCUCUCCUUCUCAGUGCUCCUGGUGAGCAUUUUGUCCUGCUGUCUUCCCAUUCAAUUUGACAACACAGCAGAUACUGGGCUAAUUUCCAUUUUUGGUACCCUGCUAAGCUUUCUCUAGACCUCUUCAUCUGCCCCCUCUUUUUUUCACUCAGCUGUAAGACCUGCUUUCAAAAUAAAUAUAUAAUAUUUUUUGGUAGCUACAUCUGUUCAACUGUUGUUACUAGAGGUGAAUGUGUAUUGUUCCAUUUUAGCAUGCUGCCCAGAAGGACUCCACAUGGAUGGAAAUAUAAGCACAUACAAGCCAAUGAUUUUUUUUUUUUUUUUUUGGAGGAUACAAAUAAGGACAAAUCAACUUGAGGCAAACGGUUCACACCACGUUAUAUAUAUAUUUUUAAGCUUGGAAUAGCUUCAGUCAAGUGCAUUGUUUUUUGAGAAAGUGCUUUUGAAGUGGUAGACUGACUUUAAAUCUCUUGACAACUUAACUCUGGAUUUAUUCCAUUCAACAAAAGCUUUUGGUAACUGAUACUUGCUGUAAACGUUAGGAUUUAGUUGUGGUAGCUUCUGUUUUCUACAUAAGCUAUCUGCUGUAGCAAAUGCAAUCAAGUAUGGGGUAACUGUGUUAGAUUAUGCAAUCAGUUUAUUUGAAUCUAAGAUCAGGUAAGGGGGCAUUCAGAAUACGUGCUCCUCGCAGACAUCUGCUGUGUCAUUCUUGCUUCCUGUUGGCAUGCCUGUAUCUAUCAGUCUCCUUUUCAUCUUUAUGGGCCUGAUCUGGCUCCCAUUGAUUUCAGUUGAAGCUGGAUCAGGUCCUUGUUGCAUUUCACUCUUUUUGGUGGCUAAUUAGGAGAGCUGAUUGAAAAUGAGAAUUUCUUUCCUGGGCAAUUGAGACUUUGCCAUUUGCUUUUCUGCUUUGAGUUGGUCUGAACAGUUGAAAAACAAAAUGUUUCACAGAAUGAAAAGUUUUGAAAAACAGCCGUUCUGGAAAUGUUGAAACAAAUGUUUCAAAUUGGAAGUGUCAAAAUGAGUUGUAGUUCAGGUGCCUCCUGCUCCACUUCUCCCCUGUGGGCUGGACUCCAGUUCCCAUGAUGCAUUGUGUAGUAGCUUAGCCAGUGGGGGUGGAGUGGGAGGUGUGCGUGGUGGCGUAGUGCAUUAUGGAAGAUGUAAUGUGGGCUGGAGUCCAGCCCACAGAGGAAAAUGGGGAUACAGGGCACUCUGGCAGACUGAUUAAUUUCUAAUGGACACACAACAAUUAUGAUUUUUUUCCAAAUAAAUAAAAUGGGGGAGGGGAAUCACCAUUUUCCAGUGGAAGGGUUCAACAGAAACUGCCUCUCCCUGCCCCCCUCAGCUCCCCCCCCCCCCAAAGAAACAGUUACUACAGAUAUUUCCCAGCCCCCUCUGCUAAUUAACAUUUCAAAUACAGGCCUCGCUUUCCCCCAAUUGGCUGCUUUGUAUGCUGCACCAGCUGAAACUUUGUGCAGAAAGGUGGCCAAAACUCUGGUUGAAUGAAUUUUAUUCAAAUUGCAGCAGGGCACUUUGCUUGUGCCCCCUGUUUCCUGGGUGCAAGAUCUGAGCCAUGUAGUUCUAUCAUGUAGUUCAUCGUCUGAGUUCUCCACUCCUUUAUAUGGACCCCUUGAUUAAGAUGAAGUGUGAAUCUGAGGCAGUGCCACAGAACUUCUCUGGGCACGAGUCAGGGGGCUGGAAUGUCUUUGAUUUUGAAAUGAAAAACACCCUUUCCUGGAGGGGAGCAAGGGAUGGAAAAUUCCUUGCAUAAGAGCUCCGCUGUGUGGCCAGCAGGCUAUUGCUGCCUACUAGCAGCAGUCAGACCAAAGAGGGGAGAGCAUAGGUAAGUCAUUCAUUUGCAUGCUGAGGGUCAUCCUAAGCUCAGCUCUCAUAGACACAACCAUUCUCUGUGCCGUGCACUUGAGACUUUCCCCUGCUUGAUAAGGGGGUUUAGGAACUUCUUAGAAUUAAAGUCGGGUCUUGCUGGGAUGUGGGAUGCUAAGCUGUAGUUAAAGGUAGAUAUGACUUCAGCUAAGAAUCUGGAGGUAAGGGAUUAGAACCUACUCCUCUAACUCAUCGGAAAGAGCCUGAGAAUGCUUUACAAUCAGAUUGUUCUGGGGCUUGCAAAAUCCCUUGCAUUACAGUGUGUGAAUGCUCAGAAAUGAGUGGAGGCGGGAGGAAAUGUGUGGUGUUCAGCUAGCGUUGCCAGAAAAGAAAUCCAAUUUAAAAGGCCCAGAGUUGCCUUGGAAAUCUCAGCCAAAAUGUUCAUGAGCCACUGAAGCUUUAGACUUGUAAGUUCUGCUCUUCUGUAUGUGCUUAAUGUUAUGCACGGACUUCAGUGGCACUGCUUCACAGCAUCAGGGCCUGUAUUUGAAACUACUGUAUUUAACUACCAGUUUAGGCACCUGGCAAGUUACUACCCUACAUCCUAAGACAUUAAAUGCAUAAAUAACAAUGUCAAGAGUGAUAGAGUCCUGUAGCACCUUAUAGACUAACAGACGUAUUGGAGCAUUUCAUGGGUGAAUACCCACUUCGUCAGACGCAUGCGACGUCUAUAAGGUGCCACAGGACUCUUUGUCACUUUUUACAGAUCCAGACUAACACGGCUACCCCUCUGAUACUUGAAUGUCAAGAGUCUAACUGGGACCAAGAAAUUUAGAGUUGACGGUUCCUGUUCUGUUCUUAACUUACAUGUAGCUUCCCUAGUUUUAAAGCACAUACUCUGUGUGUUGCGUUGUUAGUUUCCUCUUGAUGAGUGGUGCACAACUUCCACUAAUCAUGGAGGUGUCAGGUAGCGAUUCCAUACUUCAGGCUGUGUUCUAAAAUGGGGAAAACAUUCUAGUUUUUAUCUAAGAGUAGGUAGCUAAUUGGUGUGAAGUUUCACACUGGGUUAAUUUUUAUUCUCUUUGAAUUUCCCAUAUGGUUUCUCUUAAUAAUUCUAAAUUUAAAAUUUGGGCUUUGCCUGCAUUUUUUCCUCUGCCGUCCUAUUUUAUAUUGUAGAACAAUAUCUCCUGAAAACAUUGCCUACCUCCCUGAAAAUAGUUGAGCAAACCUGAAUAGUUUUGUUUUUUUUAAAUUACUAAUUGGACUUCUCAUUUUCAGUAGAAAUCCUACUGUCCUAAAGCUCUGGGACCACAGCAAUGCAUAAAUACAACACUCUGAGCAGGAGAUGGAGAGGCUUGGUUCUGAAUUUUCUGGAAAACUUCACUCGUGUUUUUAGCGGGAUCAUUUAUAAAAACUAAAUGUAAUGCAGAUUGGUUUAUUACUCUGGUUUAUUUUAAAAACAAUUUCCCCAUAAGUGUAGGAGAUAUGGUUACCAAGUAGUAAGAAAUUCUGGUCAACUCCGCCCUGGUACUAGUUAGAGGUGUGAUUAUUAUUAUUAUUAUUUUAUUUUAAAGCUGAAAUACAUAUACGGGUACUACCCCAAUGGGGAUGCAGUUAUACCAGUAUAAAAGUGCCAUAUACCAUUUUAGCUUUGUUCCUUUCUCAUACAGGAAUAAGCUAUACUGGCAUAAACACUCUUAAACCAGUACAAUACUAGGGAGGAGUAUAUUGCUUUAAUUGUAUUCAUAUAGUUAGUGAUAGGGCAUUUCUAUA